UCAGUAUCGAUAGUUUGGUUACACGCUGCCAUCACUGCUUUUUACAGUUCGAAGCGACGAGAAAACGUGCUAAAAGUUUUUCAGGCAUUCCCCCAAUUAAAGAGAAGCAAGAAAUUUAGCAUAAAAAUGGGCGUACAAGUUGUUCCAAUUACACCCGGCGAUGGUAGCACCUACCCAAAGAAUGGCCAAAAAGUAUCGGUGCACUACACGGGCACCUUGGACGACGGCACCAAGUUUGAUUCGUCGCGGGAUCGCAAUAAGCCCUUUAAAUUCACCAUUGGCAAGGGCGAAGUUAUUCGUGGCUGGGAUGAGGGCGUUGCUCAGCUCAGUGUUGGACAACGUGCCAAGUUGAUCUGUUCGCCGGAUUAUGCGUACGGCAGUCGCGGUCAUCCCGGUGUCAUUCCCCCCAACUCCACCUUGACUUUUGAUGUCGAGUUGCUCAAGGUCGAAUAAGUCGGCACUCGUCGCUGCAGCGAAUAAAAACAGCCGAAGCGCAACUCGUAUCUGUGUAUGUGUUGAGUCACUGCGUAUGCGUGAGCACACACAUACACACACACACAACAUGUGCUUUGGCAGUCGCAGCAGCAACAGCAACGAAGGAGAGGAAGAGAGUGGAACGGAGAAGAAGGAACCAAAACAAGAACAAUCCAACAGCAUUUGAAUUCUCGAUUCAAAACAAUUUAAAUUAGACAUAAUUAUAACAAAAUACAUACAGAUUAUUGAAAAUGGCAAACGCAUUUAAACUACGCAUUCAAAUAAACAUUUAUUCAAAUGAAAAA